AUGUCGAUGCCGAUGAGUGAUGUGCAGAACAUUGUCAAGCAAGCACCGACCUGUGACAGAAACGUCAGAAACGGGAAGACUAGUCGAGGAAGUCCUGUGCCACUGACAAAUACGGGAGAAAUUCAUGUGCUUGAGCAUGGACUCAAUCACAAGCGAAGUGAGAUUAUUACAAAGCUGGCUGGGCAAAUUGUACAAAUGAGUCGGCAUAAGUUCACAUCAAACGUGGUAGAAAAGUGCUUGGAGUAUGGUGGUCCAGUUGAACGGCAAAUAUUGAUCGAUAAAAUGCUUGGCCACACUGGUGAUGUGAUGCAAACAAUGAUGAAAGACCAAAUGUUUGCAAACUACGUGGUCCAGAAGGUGUUGGAAACCUGUGAUGAAUCUCAACGCGAGCUGUUGCUGGGUCGUAUUCGGGUUAACUUACAUGCAUUGAAGAAGUACACAUACGGCAAGCACAUUGUCGCACGCGUGGAGAAGCUGGUUGCUGCUGGAGAGAGACGGAGUGCUGCCUGUAUGGCACACAUGUCUAAUUGAAUCUUUGAUGGAUAUCAUGGCCUAUGCUGACUUCUUUAGUAAAGGAAAGGAACAUGGAUCAGGCUGUUUCUUGGAGGACUAGAAGUCACGUCUUCCCUCGCUCUUUUGUCAUUAAUUAACUUCUUGUGUCGUAAACAACGUGCGAGCGAGCCGAAGAUAGUUGGGCUGUGGUGCAGUGCGGGGGAAACAUUUGUGAGCAGUAAAUAGUGUAAUGGUGUAGGAUUUACACUCAGAUUGUAUUGAUGGUCAGGAGAGACGCGGGGUGAGGGCUGUUGCAGCUCUC